AUGGCCAAGUUCACCAGCGGAAUGACGCGCUACGUGAGCUUUAUAAAGCACAUUGGAUACUUCGAAACCAUCUGUCUACCUACAGGAACCAAUUUCGAAGUGAUCACAAAGAUAAACGAAAGAGCCAUAGAAAUUGGGCGUGGUCGUGGUUCAUUGAGUCACGCAUUACGCAAACUUCUCAUCCUUUUACCACCUGUCGUCUUCUGUCAUCUUCCACCUGAAGCGAUUCGAGGUGGUGCGAGAGUGAUCGUAUCUGUUUCGGUGGUUUGA